CCUAAUAAAAAGUAAAAGGAUAAUUUUAUUUAUAAAAAAGAAAAUAGAAUUCAUAGUUUGCGUUUCAAUCCCUCAAAACAAGAAGUUUCUGUUUAAAAACAGAAAGGUUUUUCUUCAACAUGUUAUUCAAACACUUUUCUUCCUCAACAACAACUGCACCUUCAAAUAUGGCUGAACACUCCAAUCCCACUGAUUUAUUUCCUAAUGACCUUAUCACCAAAAUCCUCUUAUUGCUUAACGUAAAAUCUAUAUUACGUUUCAAGUGUGUGAGCAAGUCUUGGAACACCCUCAUCUCCGAUUCCAUAUUCGUAAAAUUGCACCUUCAACUUUUGCCACAAAACAAACACCUACUACUCAUCCCAUUCGACCCAAAAAAUAAUCAGAAUUCUGGUAUUGUAUCCUUCCCCAUAUGUCGUUUACUAGAGAAUAAAUCAGUCACUCUUGUCAACGAACCUAAUAUGCAUAUGAAGGAUUGUAGUAGAGUAAUUGGUUCGUGUAAUGGAUUGGUAUGUUUGCUUGGUUUUUCUUCAACAAUUGGGCCUCAAGAUAUUUGGAUUCGUUUAUGUAAUCCAAUCACAGGGUUUCUAUCUGAAAAAUUAGGAUCUUUUCGCCAAUCUCGCCAACAUGCAUUUAAGAGGCUUAGAUGCACAUUUUGUUAUCAUAAUUCAACUUAUAAGGUAGUGGUUUAUUGUUGUAAGGAAGUUAAAGUUUUCAGUUUGGGUGACAAUAGUUGGAGAAAUAUUCAAAAAUUUCCUCUAUUUAUUUUUAACUAUAUGGUUGUUUUUAACGAUAUUCCAGUAAACGAAGGUGUGAAUGAAGGUGUGUAUUUAAGAGGUACCGUUAAUUGGUUGGCUUUUCGAAAUAAAUUAGAACGUGUUCAAUGUUUGAAUGAUGUUGAUGUUGAAGAACUUGUGAUUGUGUCGCUUGAUCUUGGUACAGAGACGUAUAGGCAAUUGUUGCCUCCUCUGGGUUUUGAUGUUGUUGGGCCAACUAUUGCUGUCUUGAUGGAAUGUCUCUAUUUUUCUUACCAUUUCGAGAGAUCUCAUUUUGUUAUGUGGAAGAUGACUGAAUUUGGAGUUGAAGAAUCUUGGACUCAAUUCGUUAAAAUUAGUUAUCAGAAUCUUCAAGUAAAUACGUUUGGUUGGAGUGUGAUGUAUCUUCGGUUGUUUCUAUUUCCGUUGUGUUUUUCUGAGAAUGGUGAUACACUUAUAUUGGCAAGCAAUAAAGAAAAGCAAGCAAUUCUUUAUAAUUUGAGAGACGGUACAGCAACACGAACUAGUGUUACCAAUAAUAUAAAGUGGUAUAUUUCCAAAGAUUAUGUUGAAAGUUUUGUUCAAUAACUUCCUAAAAGCCUACAACCCAAACUGGUGACACAUCAGGUGUUAUUGAUGGUAGAUGGUGGCAUGGAAAUAGGAUUAUAUUCAUUUUGUAUAAGAUAGUUAUGGCCCUCUUGAUGUCUCUUAUGGAUUUCUUUGAAAAUGUGUUUGUUGAAAUUUUGCACUGAAUAAUUGUGCUUUUUUAGAAUUGCAUGUACUAUGUUCAAGCUCACUUUUUGCUGGGUUCUUAUUUAAUAGGAGUAUUUUGUAGUUGCUAUACAUUUGUUACUUAUAUAUCAAUAAUAAUAUAUGGUUGAAUGUUCUUUCUUUGGCA